GAUGAACAUCGGGCUUAUACACUGGCAAAAGCUCUCCCACCAUCGUCACGCCUGCAUAACUGUCCCGACGCAAGACCCCAUGAUAGCCUGAAGUACUUCAAGCUGGCAAGGAUCGACCCAUCCACACGGGCGCCCAAUGUCGUACUUUGCAACUUCGCCCAGCCCGAAUGUGGUACCCGGAUGAUAUGAUUCAUCCUUAGCAUGCCACGUAAGUUACUGAUGCAGUGCAUCUGUGAUGCUGGCUCUCUGUCACGCGAAGGCUAUGUACCACCGAAGUUGCACACAAGCACGCGGAACAAUCUCGACUUCAAGCUAAGGUCUGCUAUAUAAUACACGCGGCCGCCUCCUCAUCGACAUCACGCGGCGGUCCUCGGAGGCCGAAGUCGAUUCUCGAAGAUAGGGACCCUGAGCCAUGCCUGACUUCUGCAUCGAAACGCAUGUGGUAGACCUGUGCCACGUAGGCGAGCCUUUCGUCACACUUGCCAAGCGUUAUACCCCCCUGCAAGCUCUUCCCGCCGCCUUCCCGCCGACGUCAGGGAUCCGCGCACACCCCACGAAUGCAUGCACCUUGGUUUUGGCGCAUGCCUUAGGUUAUCACAAGGAGACUUGGGAACCCGUCAUCUCGCAUCUUUUUUCGCAAGCAUUGGCCGACGAGAGCGGCCCCAAUAUUACUGCAAUCUGGACAUUCGACUCCCCAGACCAUGGAGAAAGCGCCUCACUGAAUCGAAGCAUACCAACAUCAGCGUUACGAUCGGGUCGGGUCUCCUGCCGCGCUUAUGGCAGCGUGAUUCUUGCGCUGAUGAGGUCCGAGCUCCUGCAAAAUCCUUCGGACUCGAGACUUGUGUUGGUUGGUCAUUCUGCUGGGGCAACUGGAGUGGCUUUGUUGUCCACAUACCCUCCUUCUCCCAAGGACGUACCAGUCUCUUCGAUCAUAAUGAUAGAGCCAUGGAUGGUCCACCCUGAUAUAGCCAUUACUGCAGAAGUGCGUGCCCUCAACGAGAGUCUCAGCCAGUCAGGUCUGCGACGGCGCGAUGCCUGGUCAGGCCGUGAUGAGGCGCGGGCCUACUUUGGGACCAGGGGUGUCUGGAAGGAUUGGGACGCUCGGGUGUUGGACCUUUACGUGAGAUACGGCCUUUCGCCAGCGCCCCCGACACAUACGUCAGGCGGCGUUGUAUUAUCCUUCCCGAGGCACAAUGAAGGAGUCGCUUAUGCGGACCUUGGAGAAGGCCAAGACGCGUUAAAGCGACUCCGGGCUCUGCUCGUCGGUGCCUGUUCACAUUAUUUUGGGAGAGACACAGUCGGUUGCGUCGAAAGCCAUUCAGGCGAUGCUAUGCAAUCGCGACCAGGGCAGAGACAUGGAAUCCAUCACGAUUCUCCCCAAGACAGGGCACAUGGCCCCGCAGCAGAGCCCGAAGCUCGUAGCAGAAGCGAUUUGGAGAAUCCUCGUGAGCUCGCGCCCGAUGAAGAUAUCACUGGGAAAGCUCUAACUCCACGGUACCUCGUUGUGUCAAUGGCUCGAUGUUCUCAUCAUGCAAACCCGUGGCUUACAACCGACUGUCUUCACCAUUGUUUGAUAUCUCGACAAUCAUAUGUAGGGGUCUCCAAAACAAAGCCUGAGCUCCAUCGCGCCGUGAGUUACAGUCGUACUACUUACGUGGGUCAGGAAGAAAUAGACGCUGUCCGCGGUAACGUACGCUGAGGACAACAAGUCAGCCACGUCAGAGAGGCA